AUGUCAGGCGCCUCAACUUCCACCGACGCCCACACGACCAAAGCCACCGUCUCCGACUCGCAAGACACUUCCAAACCUCUCCAACCGCAAAAGACGACGCAACUCGAAGAGGAUGACGAGUUUGAGGACUUCCCAGUAGAAGGUACACAAGCAACAAGCCCCGAAUCCUCGUCGUCUUCAGCAUCACCCUCUCCAGCACCUUCAUCAUCAUCCACCACUUCCCCAUCUUCAGCACCAUCGCCGGCAACAUCUGUUUCAAGCACAGCGGCGACGAGCUCGCAGGCCGGUCUGCUAGGAGGCGGAGGACGUCGCCAUGACUACAUGUGCGCAUCUCCAUCGGCCUCGAGCUCUCUCACGUCUGUCGACUCGCAUUCUACUCCUUCCUUCUCCUGCGCUUCAUAUCCUCCUGCUUCGUCCAGCGUUCCACCAACAGCUAAAUCCGGCCUCGUCUUCUGCGCUGCCAUCCUCUCUACACAAGCACUCGCGUUUACUUUGCCCCUUCCUGGCCGAUGACCAAUAACAUUCGCUUCGCACUACGAUUUGCUUUUACGCGGUACACUUGGAGAAAGCUGACCUGGUGGGGUAUAUGAUGUUCAGAUUGGGCCAAAGAAGAGGAAGUCGGUUCGCAGACGGCGAAUACGCAUCUCUGGGAGGAAUCUUGGGACGACGACGAUACGAGCGAUGAUUUCAGUGUGCAGUUGAAGUGAGUUACGACUCUCUGGGAUCGGGGCUUGCGAUGAGACUAAUAUGGGUGGAUUGUUGUAGGGAGGAACUCAAGAAGAUGGGGAAGAGCUGA